AUGUCCGGCACAUACCUCGUUCAGUACAUCUUACUGCGCUCUGACUUGAAGAGCCGUCUUGGCUGGCCUCUCGGCGCCAUCGUAGCUCAGGGGUGUCAUGCCGCAACGGCUGCGCUGCACAAAUUUCGUGAUCACGUGGAUACCAAAGCUUACCUGGACGAUCUCGAACGCAUGCACAAGGUAGUCUUGUCCAUUGAGGAGUCCGAACUCCCUGUGAUGGCGGAUAAACUGACAGCAGCUGGAGUUGAUUUUAUCACCUGGCGAGAACAGCCGGAGGACAUAUUCACCGCAAUCGCAUUGCGUCCCUACACUAAGAAGGAGGUGCAGUCCUACUUUAAGGGCAUGCGUCUUCUCAGUUGA